CUGCGAACACCUGGGUGUAAAGGGAAGAGGAUGCCACAAACGUGGGGUGUAAUCAUUAGUCCAAAUAGAUGCAAAACUUCAGUUCGAUUGGACAAAUUCAGUUGUGGUGCACAUGAGAAAAUGAACACCAUGAUGUCCCCGAAGGCUGAAGAUGUCAGACAGGGGAUCUCUGUCAUCUGUGAGAUCUUGCAAUGUCCAAUAUGUUUGGAGUUGAUGAGCACACCUGUGUCUACUAAGUGUGACCACCAGUUUUGCAAGUUUUGUAUAAUGAAGCUUUUGGACAGCAGUAGGAGAAAGGAGGCCAACUGUCCAGUUUGUAAGACAAAGAUCACAAAAAGGAGUUUGCAGGAGAGCCCUGGGUUCCAGAAAUUGGCCGAGGGAUUGCAGAAUAUGGUCCAGGCCUAUGAACAUGACACCUGCACAAACUACUUCACCGGAAUGUCCCAGGUGAAGAGACAUAUGAGUGUCAAAGAGACUGUGCAGAAGAAAAACGGCCAUGAUGUCUCAUCUGAUGACGUGUGGGCUAGUGACCGUGCUGAUGAUGAGGAUCAUGAGUUUUCAAUGUCCUGCUCGUCAACUAUAGCAGCCAAGGAUGGCUUUGCAACGCUCAUGGGUCUUGAAGAUUCUUGCCCUGUCAUUUCGGACGAGGGGUUUGACAGCAGCCUAGGUGACAUACCUCCAGCCACUGAAAAGCAUACCGAUGACUCUAAAGCUACCUCCACCACAGAAAAACAGAAGCCAGCAUUAGAGGCAGAAAUACCGGAGGUUGUUGAAAAAGCACCUUCACGACCUCAAAAACUUGGAAAAAAGAUAACCACUCAUCCUCAAGAUCCACCAUGCUGUCCUGAAAAGGUCAGAAACCAACCUGUCAGACGAUCCACGAGGAAUAACAAAAGAGAGUCCUUGACCGAAAUGAUAGACCAGAAUCAGAAGAAAAGUCUAGAGAAAGUCUCUGAGUGGCUCAUAAAUAAUUCCUCAACAGAAGUAAACUCUGAGAAGGAGAUAAACACAGAGGGCUCUUAUGACUCAGUUUCUUUGGCAGGAAGUUGUUCCCCCUCCUCACCCUUAGAGGAUAACCUCAGAAAUAAGGACCAGAGUCCAAAGAGAGAAGAGCGUGGCAAAUGUCUUGAGGAGCUGGUAUUUGGGGCUGUUUACAAACGGGAUCGAAGAGGGAACCGCAGUUUUUCACCACAGAAUAUAGCGAUCACAGACCCUCCACCACCCUGUCCAGCUGAGGAACUCCAGAUCCUGAAGAAGAUUGCCAAAAGGAGGAUGAUAAAUAAACUGACACCUGCUGACUUUGUCAAGAGACCGAGGUCUGAGGAGAAUGAAGACAGUGUUAUGAAUGACCAACCAGAGAUGACAGAACCACAAGAGGAUUCUCCCAAUGAACACCCAAAAGAUACUGAAGAAGAUAAGUUGAUUGACCUGACUGGGGAGCUGAAUUCUAAUACCUCUGACAAGCAAGGAGAAGAGCUUGAUGAGUUGCCGGAAGGUGACAACAAAGAGAAUGAAGAUGUAGAGGACAGUCCUGUGUUUGAUGUGCCACUACGGGAACCUGGGAGGAAGUCAAAUAAAAAGAUGCACGGUAGGUGGCAGGACGUUGACGGGGAUUUACAAGGGAAAGUAAAGUCGGAGAAUAACGAGCAAAAAAAGGCUGCCAAGAAAAAAGGGGAAAACAUCAAGGUGGAGAAGAGCAAGGCAACCAAAUCCUUAGUCCUUGUGGGUAUCAGAGAGGGUGGAAGUGACUCUAAGAUGCCUAAGAGCAGACCGUCAGGCCAGACCGAGGUUCAGAUUGAGAGUUACCCUAGCAGUGAGGAUCCAGGAAGCCCAAUCAUGAGGAGAACCAGGAGGAGUCGGAGGCUUCAGCUCUUCACAGAGGAAGUACAAGGGAGUAACAAGAUCGGCACUGCAACAUCCACAAAGGUUGUCGUUCUUGUUUCAGACUGCAACGAGAUGCAGCAAUCAAAGGAGGCGAAAGCUGACACCGACAGGGAUAAUGUGGCGUGUUUGCAGAACCAAAAUAUAGAAAAGGCUGUGAGGAAAAACGGAUGUGUUUUAGAUGAAGAAAUGGGAGGUAUUGAGAGCUUGGACUCUAGCGAGAAAAGAUUGUGUGAAAUGAUUGAGUCACAGAAAGUGAACCAAGUUGAGGAGUCUAUUGUCGAAGUCCCAAGUACAGGAAGUCCUUGUCACGCUGAUGUUGCUUGUUCAGUGACUAUGGUACCAAGUUCAAUUAGUACCCCUGAGGCAAGUGUCUCAUGUGUCGUGCCUGAGAGUGUAAACCAAAGUAAUCCGGUUAUCAAACCAUUAGAUGACUUGAGAUCAAAUGUACCACAAGAGACGUCAGCCAGCCAGGCCAAAUGCAUUGAUCUGGACGAGGAUAUCCGGAAUGACAGUGAGCUGGACACUGAGCAACUGCUGAAGAGCUUCAAAGCCACCAAAAGGAAGUCCUUCCACCUUGGUAGUCCAAAUAUCAAGAGGAGUUCCUUCUGGUCCAACAAGGAGAUUACAACUCUUACAAAGACUCAAGAGAACAAACAUGUUGGCACAGAUAUGGAAGCAGGAAAUGGGCAGGGAUUUUCAAGGACAACGGAGUGUCCCACAGUCCAACAGGAAUCUGAGAAAGGGACAAUAUUCGAUAAUUCUUGCUGUAGUGAUUUGAACCCACCUUCAAGUUCCCUCAACAAUAUUUCACAAGAAAAGGCGCAGAGGAAUCGUAAAAGGCUCAGAAAAUCCAUUCUUACCAGACCACAGGAUUUAGUGGAUUCUUCGAACCCUGAUACCAGUGGGAAGACCCAGAAACAGAUUCUGUCCAGGCUUUCUGGCAACAGCUCAAAAAGUGCCCUCAGUCCCAACAAAGUCACAAAAAGCCAAAUGGAAUCUCCCCACCAAGCUGUGGGUUCUGGUCUGCUCUUUCCAGCUUUUGGCGCCUCUAAGGAAGAUCUACCAGAUCCGACACCUGUAGCUUCAAAGCAACUUAGAGUCCCUAAAAGUCAGCAGCCAUACAAAGUGGAGGGCAGCAUGAGUAAAAGUCCAACAGAACUGGAGAGUAGCCACAGUGUUGGAUCAGAGAUGGCAGUGGAGUUAAACAAAACAUGUUCAGAGAACAUGACUGGAAACAUGGCCAAUACAGAGUCCUCCUUGACUCCAGAUGGCCUCCUUCCAAUUAUCCAAUCAGUAGUUAUCCAAGAGGCGCAGAGGACUAAAAGAUGUGGUGUGGUCAGCUUGCACUCUCCCAUCAAGAGCACCCUAAAGCGGAGGAAGGCUCAGAGACUGGAGUCUUCCUCGGAGUCCAACUGCAGUGGGGAGGAAGAGGAACUGCCUUCCCUUGCGCAAAUUUUCAGACCUUCGACUUGUCCACCAACCGCUGAGGAGGAGGAGGAAUCAGUCACAUUGCUCAAAGACCAUGCCAGGGAACAAGGAAGCCACAGGGAGGCUGGUGAUGCAGCUGAAGAUGGGCAGCGAGCGAGCAGUCCUCCCAUGUGCCCCAGUCCUGAAUGGGUCACCACCAGCCAGGCAUCUGUGGAUCUGUUUGGAACACCAGAAGAAGCUGAAGGAAUGGCAGGUGACACUGGCCUGACACAGGAAUCAUCACAAUUUUCAAGCGAGUGUAUUGCCACUCAGCAAAAGGUUGCGAUGCAGGAGGAGCUGCGGAGGCUGGAGAGAAUGAUGGCGUUGGUGUCUGAAGCGCUGCAGGAGAAGGAGGAGGAGGAGCCCAAUGGGGCCAAAGUCUACCCCGGGGCCCCAUAUCCCCCAGCGCUGCUUCAACCUGACAGGUCCACAGUCUCCUCAGGCCUUGAUCUCCAGGCGACCCUGCCGUCUGGCCAGGGCACCAGGAAGAGAUCUGCCAGCAGGGAAGGUGCCCAAAACAUUGGGGGAAAUGCAGCCUCACCGCCCCCUGGUCUUGGAGACUGUGAGGGCCUUGGGCCCACCCCCACCACGCCCUGCCGCACCAAACAUGAGGGACCUGGAGGGACUGGGGCAGGGCGGCUUGGCAGACAGUCAGGACGGAGCCUAAGGAGCAGCAUGAGAGCGAGGCCCAACCAGGUGUCGCCAGUGGUCAGAGUGCACAGCGGGACCAAUGCUCCCUCAGCUGGGCUGGAGGUCCAGGAUAACCCGGUGGUCAUCCAGCCUGCAAACACACACCCAUCAACACACACUCCACUGCGGGAACCCCCUGGGGUCAAGUUGGUGCUGGUUGCAUCAGGACUCAGUGCACCUGAACAGUCGAUGGUAAAAAAGUUUGCCAAGAGGAUGGGAGGCAGUGUGUGUUCACAAGUGACGUCCGAGACCACCCAUGUCAUCAUGAACACAGAUGGUGAUCUGGUGUGUGAGCGCACGCUCAAGUACUUCCUGGGCAUCGCAGGCAGGAAGUGGGUGGUGAGCUUCCAGUGGAUUUCCGAGUGUUUCAAACAAGGGACAGUCUUAAAUGAGAAUAUUUUAACCCUUCGUCGCCCCCAACCCACACAGACGUCAUUUGAGGUGCGAGGAGACGUUGUGAACGGACAUGAUCACCAAGGGCCCAUGAGAGCACGGACCACUGGGGACACAAGUCUGCUGAUGAAGGAUUACGAGAUCUGUUUCCAAGGCCCUUUCACUGAUAUGACCACUGGUCAGAUGGAGUGGAUGGUGGAGCUUUGCGGCGCAACAGUGGUUCAAGAGCCUCUUCUCUUCACUGGUGAACUGAAAACUCGUCAGCUAAUAGUGGUACAACCAGGCUCGGACCAAUCACCAAUAAACUACCAAGCCCUCCAGAGGAUAGCCACGGUCAUCACCCGUGGUUGGGUAUUUGACUCCGUGGCAACCUACACCCUUCAAAGCCUCGACAACUACAGAACGUAACCUUCAGACCUGGUGUCACAUCCAAAUCUCUCUGCUGGCCUGAACCCACUCCACUCGGUUCAUUGGUGUGAUACCCAAAUCGUUCCCUGGUCUGGAUCCUGUCACUAGAGGCAGUCCCUGGUGUCACGUCCAAGUGGCUCCCUUGCCACCCUCUUUCUUAAUACAGUGCCUUCAGAAAGUAUUCAUACUCCUUGACUUAUUACACAUUUUGUGUUACAGGCUGAAUUCAAAAUGGUUUAAAUAUUUUUUUCUCUCCCAUCUACACACGAUACUCUGUUAAUGGCAAAGUGAAAACAUGUUUUUAAAAAUGUUAGCAAAUUUAUUGAACAUUUAAAUGCAUAAAUAUUUAAUUUACAUAAGUGUUCACACCUCUGAGUCAAUACUUUGUAGAUUCACAUUUGGCAGCGAUUACGGCUGUAAGUCUUUCUGGGUAAGUCUGUUCUUUUCAAAAUUCUUCAAGUUCUAUCAAGUUGGUUGUUGAUCGUUGCUAAACAUCCAUUUUCAGGUCUUGCCAUAGUUUUUUAGAUAUAAGUCUAAACUAACUCAGCCACUCAGGAACAUUCAAUGUCUUCUUGGGAAGCAACACCAGUGUAGAUGUGGCCUUCACUCCAUUCACUUUCUUUUUUAUCCUGAAAAACUCCCCAGUCCUUAAUAAUUACAAACAUAUCUAUAACAUGACGUAGUCACCACUCUCCUUGAACAUAUGGAGAAUUGUACUCAGUAUUGGAUUUGCCCCAAAUACAACACUUUGUUUUCAGGACAAAAAGUGAAUUGCUUUGGCAAUUUUUUUUGCCAUAUUACUUUAGUGGCUUACUGCAAACAGGAUGCAUGUUUUGGAAUAUUUUUUUGUGCAUGCUUUCUCUUCACUCUGUCAAUUAGUUUAGUAUUGUAGAGUAACUACAUUGUUGUUGAUCCAUCCUCAGUUUUCUCCUAUCACAGCCAUUAAACUCUUAACGGUUUUAAUGUCACAAUUGGCCUCAUGGUGAAAUCCCUGAGCGGUUUCCUUCCUCUCCGGCAGCUGAGUUAGGAAGGACGCCUGUAUCUUUGUAGUGACUGGGUGUACAGAUACACCACAGCAAUAGGUACCCUUUUGCGAGGCAUUGGAAAACCUCCCUGGUCCUUGUGUUUAAAUCCGUUUGAAAUUCACUGCCCGACUGAGAGAUCUUACAGAUAAUUGUGUGGGGCACAGAGAUGAGGCAGUCAUGAAAAAGAUCAUGCUAAACACUAUUGCACACUGAGUGAACCCAUGCAACUUAUUAUGGGAACUUAUUUAGCCUUAUCAUAACAAUACUAAUUGACUCUAGACAUUUCUGCUUUAAAUGUGUAAUUAAUUUGUCAAAUGUAUGGGGUAUUGUGUGUAAGCCAGUGACAUCUCAAUUUAAUACAUUUUAAAUUCAGGCUGUGACAAAAAAAAGAAAAUGGAAAAAGUUGAGAGAUGUGAAUACUUUCUGAAGCCACCGUAUGCCUAAGAGACAAUCCAUGAUCAACCAGUUCAAAAGAUUACGGCACUUUACCCCAUCCCCCUGGGGUUGACUUGUUUUGUCACCAUGACUACAUGACUUCCUUUAAAAUAGUUUUCAUGCAGUUGCUUUGUGUUAUAACUAAACUCUGUGUGAUGUACAUAAAUGUAAUGUUCUCUUACUUAAAACAACUCGCAUGGAAACAAAUUAUAUAUUUUUGUACCCUGUGAGAAUGAGAAACCAAUGACCUGAAGAGAGCCAGAGGCUGGUGUUUUGUUAUAUAUGCACGCAUACAUACGCAUGCGCACGUGUUCGUACAAACACACACGUGUAUAUAUUAACACACACACAGGGAAAGCAAACAGGAAUCUUUAAUAGGGUGGUGCAACAUUGGCGUCUUUUGCCUCCGUUCUCCCUCCCUCUCUUUUUCCUCCGAAAAGCCUGACAUACCCUGAAAACAACAAAGAAAAAGCGGGCGCUUGUGGGGCUCACAGGCCUGUUACGAAAUGUUCUCCAGUAUUUGACUUUAUACACUAACUGUGCUUCAGGCCAGAGCAUCUCUCAGUGAAUCAGUAGCAUAUUGCAAGAGGGGGCCAAGCACAAAACUGUUCUAUGGGGUAGGAAAAAAUACCUUUGUUUGAGGCCCGGGAGUUCCAACUGGCUUAAAACCUUUUAUCAGACACACUUGUUGUUUUGCGCCAGCGUCAUCUGAGUGUUUUCUUUUCAGAAAAACCUAUUAGUAUUUAUUUACCUUGACUUCCCGGUACGCUGUUCUCUUCUCUCAAGGUCUCAUGCAUUUUAAUGUUGAAGAAGCUUUUUACCCCUGGUUCAUUAAAGCCCACUAUGUGUAUCCUACAAGGCUUUCAGACCCCUGUUCACUAGAUAUCCCAAACAAGACCAGCGCGGCGAGAGGGGGCGUGGGGGGAGCAGGAAUAUGCUCUGCCAGUAGCAAGCGUUCUACUGAAUUAUUGAACAGGCGACAAUUGGGAAUAGAAAGGAAGAUAGCGAGGGUAGAGAUUGAGAGGAGUGGAGAGGACCACAAGCACAUUAAGGAUGGCCCCCGUCCAUAAAUUGAGAGCCUGUUGCAAUUCUGUGACUGUAAGUAACCCACUGUGACUAGGGUAGCCUGACAUGGUUUGAGACCUGAAGACUUGAGUUAGCUCCCCCGAGCUGAUGCUUAGGUUUAGCUCAACAGGCUAACACAGUCUUGUGGCGUGCAGGUUAUCCGGGUUGCAUACCUGGUUGGUCACACGCCUGGGAGGUUGUUCCUGAUGGACAAAGUUGGUGGUGUCCAAAAUAUUGUGCUAUGAAAGACUUUAGCACGGUUAGCGGCAUGUGGUAAAGUUGCAAUGUAAAAACCCUAGGGGGACUGUUCCAUCCAAACUCAUUUGUAUGCACCCAGGGUAUUAAAUACCAAAAUAACAUUCCACAUGUGCUGCGGACAAUUUAAUCGAUAAUGACAAUGUUUAAAAAAUACAAAUAUUUUUAUUUUUUACUCAAUAACACAUUUGGGUACUAACCUCAAUGGUAGCUGGAAGGGACUAAUUGUUUUCUGAUUUUAGCUGUCACACUGUAAGUUCACCCUCCUAUAGAAUGGAUAGAAAUAAUGCAUUUUACUUAAACAUUUUUUUUUUCACUCAAGGCGCCAUAUGCUAUGGAUGCAUCAGGUCAAUGAGAAUCUUAAUAGUUGGAAUCCAUGCAUAGGAACAAAGGACAGUUGUGUGGCGUGUUGUAAUGGAGCGCCGUUCCUGCUGUGAGAGACAGAAGGCCUCAUGUCUGUCUUGAAUCUAAUUGGACCCCAAAGGGUGACAGUAUCUCUUAACGAUCAUAUAUGGAGAAAGCACCGUCUAAAUAAUGUAUUGAAACCAGACAAAUGUAUGCAAGACAAAAACAUUGAUAUGCUUAAUGCUCUACCGUAUGUUUGGCAAUGUUAUAUGUCUGUUAGUCUGCUAUCACAAGAUUCAGCGAGAGCAUAUGACAGGGGGACCAAGAUGGAAAGUUAGUCCUGAUUCCCAGUUAUAAGCUUGUAAUAAUAUCCCUAUAUAGGUUUGUACUUUUGUGGUAGACCGCACUGAAGGAAGAGUGACGCCUCAAGGACGUCUCCCCUCUUCGCGGAGUCCUACCCUGUAGACCGCAGCCUACUCCAGGUAGAAGUUGGGUUAUAAAUAUCGACAGAGACUUUGCCUGAGCUGCUGGAAGUGUUUCGCCUGCCGCUGGUUUAUUGAUUGGCAGUGCCCACAGGGCCUGCUAUACUACUUUAUCGUCUGCUGUUUUAUACAUUAUCGCCUGCUGAGGGAAUCUGGAAAGGUUUUCAUCAAGAAGUCGUGAAUUCGACGGGGUGAUAUUAUGCAUGUAUGCACACUCAUGCAUUGUUUUAAAUGGAGUCUUCUGCACAUACGCUAUAUAUACAAAAGUAUGUGGACAUCCCUUCAAAUGAGUGGAUUGUGCUAUUUCAGCCACACCCGUUGCUGACAGGUGUAUAAAAUUGAGCAUGCAGACUGUCCUUACUGGGGCUCCCGGGUGGCGGAGCGGUCUAAGGCACUGCAUCGCAGUCCUUGAGGUGUCACUACAGACCUUGGUUCAAUCCCAGGCUGUGUCACAGCCGGCCGUGACCAGGAGACCCAUGAGGCGGAGCACAAUAGGCCCAGCGUCGUUAGGGUACGGUUUGGCCGGCUGGGAUUUCCUUGUCCCAUUGCGCCCUAGUGACUCCUUUUGGCGGGCCGGGCCCCUGCAAGCUGACCUCGGUCGCCGGCUGGACGGUGUUUCCUCCGACACAUUGGUGUGUCAAGAAGCAGUGCGGCUUGGCAUUCGUGUUCUAGAGGAAGUAUUGCUCUCGACCUUCGCCUCUACCGUGUCUGUAAGGGAGUUGCAGCGAUGAGACAAGACUGUAACUACCAAUUAAGGAGAAAAACGGGUAAAAGUAAAAACAUAGUGACUUUCAACGUGGCACCGUCAUAGGAUGCCACCUUUCCAACAAGUCGGUUUGUCAAAUUUCUGCCUUGCUAGAGCUGCCCCGGUUAACUGUAAGUGCUGUUAUUGUGGAAACUUCUAGGAGCAACAACGGCUCAGCUGCAAAGUGGUAGGCCACACAAGCUCACAGGAUGUGCAGCAAAGUGCUGACGCACUGAAGCGUAAUAGUCUCCUCGGUUGCAACACUCACUACCGAGUUCCAAACUGCCUCUGGAGGCAACGUCGGCACAUGAACUGUUAGUUGGGAGCUUCAUGAAAUUAAUUUCCAUGGCCGAGCAGCCGCACACAAGCCUUAAUUCACUAUGCGUAAUGCCAAGCGUCUGGUGGACCGGUGUAAAACACGACACCAUUGGUCUCUGGAGCAGUGGAAAUGCGUUCUCGGGAGUGAUCAAUCACACUUCACUAUCUGGCAGUCCAACGGACUAAUCUGGGUUUGGCGGAUGCCAGGAGAACGCUACCUGCCCGAGUGCAUGGGGCCAACUGUAAAGUUUGGUGGAAGGGGAAUAGUGGUCUGGGGCCGUUUUUCAUUGUUCGGGCCAGGCCCCUUAGUUCCAGUGAAGGGAAAUCUUAAUGCUACAGCAUACAAUGACAUUCUAGACUAUUCUGUGGUUCCAACUUUGUGGUAACAGUUUGGGGAAGGCCCAUUCCUGUUUCAGCAUGACAAAGCCCCCAUGCACAAAGCGAGGUCCAUACAGAAAUGGUUUGUCGAGAUUGGUGUGGAAGAACGAGUGUCCUGCACAAAGCAAGUCACUGCAGCAGUGUUCCAACAUCGAGUGGAAAGCCUUCCCAGAAGAGUGGAGGCUGUUAUAGCAGCAAAGGGAGGAUCAACUCCAUAUUAAUGCCUAUGAUUUUGGAAUGAGUAGCUUGACGUGCAGGGGUCUUACAUACUUUUGGCCGUGUAGUAUAUUUGUCUUUGAGCAUUUCAUAUACAAAUGUCAUGUGUUGAUUUUUAUUGAGUUUUGUUGCGUCACCUUGAAGUCAGUCAACUGUUCUUGGCUAAUGUCUAUAUUGUCUGGUCUGAUACCCGAAGUCCUCGAGUCCAAAUCCUUAGCGUCCGAGUCCUUUACAUUACCGUUCUCCUAGCAGCGGGAUAUUAUGCUUGUAUUUGGUUAGUAGAGACCCUACUGAUUAUUUCCCACCCCACUUUAGCCGAGAAAGGUAUAAAAAUUCUCUACAAGCCAAUAUGUAUCCCAUGUACAGUCUUAGUGUAUUGCAUUUGGGGCUAUGGAGGGGGCGAAGAACACAUUGGUGCUGGAAGUUCCAAGUCAUGAAAAUCAAGUUCUAGACUCAAGUUUCCUACUAAAAAACUGUCUUAACCCCCCCUACUGGAACAGCUUCAAUUUCAUAAUUAUUCAUAAACCUUCAGUUUAAAGAAAGUGCAUGCUUUGGACAUACCAUUGAAGACAAAGAAUAGCUGUGAGAAUUCAGCUGAAAGCACUCUGAAAUCUUGCAUUCAAAACAAACCAAAAUGCCAGUGUCCUCAUUACAACGCUCCAUCUCCAACUUGAACAAGGCGGUUGUUGACUCCAUCGUGGCCGAGAAAUGUAUUUUUUUUAUAGUCACAAUUCUGACUUGCGGGCCUUUCAAAUGCCAGAUGUGCACUUUGGUGUGAUGGAGCACUGCAUGCUGUUUUCAGCAUUUCCCCCAAAGUCACAGAGAAACCUUGGAGUAUGGAUUCAGCUUAACUGUCUUUGACAAUAGCAUGCAUUUUAUUGGAGACAAGGGGGGGAAAACACUGAAUUAGGCCUCUGUUGCACUGUUUUACAAGAGUGAGUUUUAAAGGCCAAACAACAAUGGACAUAUUCAAAUGGUUCAAUAGACAAUGGCCUAUGUGCAUAAAGAUGUUGGAAUUCGAAUAUAGUAUGAUGUCAUUGUUUUAGCCAUCUGAAAAAAAUGAACAGAACAGGCUUGGAACCUCUAACCCUGUCAAUUUGACUGGUGUACUCAUGGGUCCACUCGCAAAUGGCUGCCUGAUAUUGUGACGCAUCUAAUUUCCAAGGUGAUGUAGAAUGUUAAUUGAAAUUGUUACCUGAUGUGGUUCAUUCAAUGGAGUGUGUUUUUGUAAUGCCUAUUUGAGUUGAAUCAACAAAUCACAGCACAUAUUGAUGUGUACAUGUCCUGCUUUUGCUCCUAUGCAAGUACACCCAAUGGAUGCCAGUGACAUCCCGACAACUUUGAGAAAAAAACACUUCAUAGUUGUCGCGAGAUGGUGAGGCAUAUUCAUGACAUGAGGAAAGUAGAAUAGCAUUUCUCGCCAUUGAAAACAGGCAAUAGACGUCAACACCACACGAUUAUUCAAAAAAGUAUUAAAAUAAUGAGAUGUAUCUACCAAUCCAAAGAGGGGAAAAGGCGGAGCUUGAUAGCCCGCCGUUCCGCUCUGUGGACAAGAAAUCCCAUUUUGGGGGUGGAAACAGGUGUCGUCAUUCUAUCCAAAACUCUGUUCUAAAGUAGGGGUCUGAGCGGAUUGUUGGGUGCCGGAGCAUAGUUAUAAUAAUCUGUACACUGCAAACUGACCACGACUGCCCAAAAAUGGAUUUGUUAUUUUCAGAAACAGUCAUGUCUCAAUGUAAUAAAGGUAUGAAAUGA